ACAAGAUGGCGUCUGGCAGCGGGUCCAGUAAAAAUGACUUUCGUCGGAAGUGGGACAAAGAUGAGUAUGAACAGCUGGCUCAGAAACGACUCAACGAGGAGAGAGAGAAGAAAGAUGGCAAGCCGGUGCCGCCAGUCAAGCGGGAGCUCUUGCGUCACAGAGACUACAAAGUGGACCUGGAGUCCAAACUGGGGAAGACCAUCGUUAUCACGAAGACGACGCCCCAGGCGGAAAUGGGCGGCUACUACUGUAACGUCUGUGACUGUGUUGUGAAAGACUCCAUCAACUUCCUGGACCAUAUCAAUGGAAAAAAACACCAGAGGAACCUGGGCAUGUCGAUGCGCGUGGAGCGCUCCUCACUGGACCAGGUGAAGAAACGCUUUGAGGUGAACAAGAAGAAGAUGGAAGAGAAGCAGAAGGAAUAUGACUUUGAGGAGCGCAUGAAGGAGCUCCGGGAGGAGGAGGAGAAAGCUAAGGCAUAUAAGAAGGAGAAACAGCGGGAAAGGAAGAGGAGGGCUGAGGAGGAUGUGGACUUUGAGGAGGAUGAUGAGAUGGCAGCCGUCAUGGGCUUUUCAGGGUUUGGCUCCUCUAAGAAGAGCCAUUGAUUCAGAUUCCCACAGACUGGCUCUCCUCUUCAGAGAUCCAGCCUAAAGAGGACUCUUGUGUUCGGAUGCACCCAUACCACUCACAGGGCAGGAAACUGGCUUUUUCUUCUGGUCCACUGGCCAUGACAUAUCUCAAAUGUCAACAGUCGCUCUUCUUUUUCUUUUUCACCCAUCAAAAUGUACACGAGAGCUGCUUACCUGCCCAAUUGGCUGGUAGACUGACUGUCCAGCAGCAUUUGGUGGCAACCUCCUCCCUCGACCACUCCUUUUAAACUAAACCUUCAGUCAAUCAGUGCUAAGAAUCCAAUCCAUCAUUUUUAUUUUCUUACUGAGCAAAUGGAGACCAUUGGUUUAGGUUCAUUUGGAUAAAUGGAGAGAAAAUUUGAUUUCCUAAUUGUGGACUUAAUUUUUCCUGGAAACAUGAAAGAAUAUGAAACUGCUGUGUUUUUGAGAUUGUACACAUGCUGUUUGGUAUCUGGUAUGUCCCAGGUUUGAGCUAAUAUCUACCCAUUAUCCAAUAAUGGUAUAGUUAAUGCAUCCCUGUUUGUUUCAUUGAACAUGUUAAGGUUUUACUCUUGUGUUUUCUAGCCUUCAGAGAUUAUUUCUCUGGCAUAUGGAUCAUUCUGUUGAUUGAGGUCAACCACCAGUCCUGAUGCUCUGCUAGUCCAGAACCAACCAGGUCAAGCUUCCUCACCAGACAAAACUUCUGUCAAAGGGAUCUGCUGAUUUUUAGUUUUCUUGUAUAAAACGGCAGGUUCGCAUUGUUUUGGCCUAAUAUUAAAACAAAUAUUCACUGCCAGCAUAUUAGCAUAUAUUAGCAUAUUAGCAGGGAGAGGUUUGCUGCUUGGCGUUUUGUUGGCUUACAUCUGACAUAUCAAGACAUUGGCUGUAUAGGCCUCAAUUGAGUUGUCAGGCUGGAGAGAAGAAUCCCUGCUUCAACCCAAACACAAUUUAAUUCCCUGAAAUCUGCUGACCAGUCCAACUCUUCUACCACAAGCCUUCUAAACCCUAAUUUAUCCUGGACCUGGGACUAGUUAGUUCUAGAGUCUUGUUAAGUAAGGGCUAACAGGCUUGAGCUAGCCUGCCUCAAUAUAUACCAGUGAAAUGUCGGACGGCUGCCAGUGAUGUACCACUGAUGUUAAAGGAGGAAUUGGCCCCAAGAACAGAUGUCUUUUCACUCUAAACCCUUCCUCAGUCCAUCCUUUCACUCUAAACCUUUCCUCAGUCCAUCCUUUCACUCUAAACCUUUCCUCAGUCCAUCCUUUCACUCUAAACCCUUCCUCAGUCCAACCACAGCUGGCUGAAAAGCAGACUAUCUGGAGAUACACACAGGCUUUGCUAUGAAAGGAUCUUUUUAGAAGUAUUGGUUGGAAUGUAAUGCCAUUAAUUUGUGAGACUUCGAAGUGCAACACUGAUGUUUUCUUACAACAAGCUUCACUCAAAUCUGGACCGUCUUGGUGUAAUCCUAUAUUAAUGGAUUUCAGUUUUUGCAGCACACUAGUGUCUCGUUCUUUUAGAUGUCAUUUGAAUACAUUUUGAUUUGAUGUGUUGCAUCAAAAGGAUUCCUUCUAUCUAUGUUUGAGGAUUAUUUUCCUCUUCUGUUGCUGUCGUACUAAUAUUUUUACAUUGGUUGCCUGUGGGAAGCACACUGAUCAUUUUUUUAUAAUUAUGGGAUGUAUAAAUCUGUUACACCAAAUCCAAACUAGAUAUCUGUGGAAAAUGUUAGUUUAAAAUUUUUAAACUAUAAACCAGACUUCUCUACUCGCUGUAGGUAAGUUUUACUAAAGUUUGGUUGAAGUUGAAGUACUGUUUUACUUUCAAUUUACCCUGGAUUUAUUUGCCUUUUUUUCUUAUCCACGCAACUUAAAAAUGUUAUGCUAAUGAGUGACCACCAGUAUUGUAUGUUCAGGCUAACUGUAGUCAUCACCACUUCCUUUGUCAGGUAAACAUGGCAAGCCCUGGGAUGGUUUUCUUUUUUUGAUAAUUUCUGUCAUUGAGUGCUUAGAAAUGAAGUCUAGUGUGUUUCCAGGGACAUCUGACUGAAGGCUGACCAUUACAACACAACUCAUUCUUGUAUUUGUUCUGAGUGAUAGUCUGGUCCAGACCUGUGUUUUGCCUUCAGGUGAGGAUUUGCGCUACACACCACAGACUGGAGCUGUUCAUUAAAUAAAAUGUGGACUUUUAACAGUUGUACAAUUAAUUUCUGAUCCUUUUCAAAGGUUAUUUUUAUAAAGGUACAAUGAACAUUA